AUGCCAAACUCAAGUAGUUCCAGCGGCGUCACCACGCGAUCGCAACAUCGCGAUCAUGUCAUGGUCGAUCUCUUUGAGGGAUGGUCGACCGAUCCGCAGCCCAGCGAUCGUAGCAGCAACAGCAGCAACAGCCUUCCAACACUACAAGACGAGCUCAAUAGCGUCCACAUCAAGCGUUCCGCUUCGCAACAAGACGCUGUCUGGUCCAGCAUCGAUGUUGCCCCUACCUUUGACUCGAUCUCGUUCCCGAGAAAGGACACGUCGUUUGCCGUCUCGCUCUAUACAGGCCAGAGCGACGACGCCAACCUAGAGCAGAAGCCUCUGCCGCCCUCGAAGCGUCCCGGCGUAUCGCACGCCCGAAAGACGCCUCCCAACCACAUCAAACGCCCGCGCAAUGCCUACAUCCUCUUCCGUUCGCACACCGUCUCGCAGAAGCUGAUCCCCAAAGAGGUCGAGCACGAUCAUCGCAACAUCAGCCGCAUCAUUGCGCACAUGUGGAAGAGCCUCGCGCCCGAAGACCGCGCUUACUACGAGAAGAUGGCCAAGGACGAAAAGGAGAGACACAAGCAGCUGUUUCCCGACUACCGCUACCAGCCCACCACGCGCCGCACCGAGGUGAGCAAGCGCAAUGUCAAGAAGCUCGAGAAUGGCGAAGAGGAGUGCCAGGAGAUUGCCGACAUCAUUCUCAAGGCUCAGGGCAAGGACGGCGUCGUCGUCCGGAGUGGUCCCUCCAAGGGCGUGAAAAGGGCACGCGAGGCGACGCGUCGAGAAUCGGCAGCGCCGCGCAUCAAGCGAACCAAGGCGAGCAAGCCAAAGACGGUCAAGACAGGGGCUGGUGAGGCUUCGUCGGCACCCGAACAAAUGCUCGAGACGGUCUUUUUGCAGCCGUCACUGUCGCACUCUCCCUCAUCGACGUUCGCCAGUGGCAGCACCACCGGUCCGGCGCCGGCGCUCUCGCCAGAGCCGUUCCAACUCGCCUCGAACUCGCCGGCCGUCGAAGAUGCGCCGGGCAUUCCCUUGGCAGACCCUCUCCCCACUAUUGCCGACAUUUUCGGACGUCGUGCUUCGUCGCUCCCCGCUUUGCGACCACCAUCCCCUCCGCCGUCGUUCAUCCCGGCCACUCACGAAUCGACCGCGGAGGUACACGCCACUGAUCUGACCACGGACGUUCCGCAGGACCAAUCGGGCUGCAUGGACAACCUCAUCAUGCCCGCGCCUGCGUGGAAGGGACGCAAGACUCAGCCGUCGCCCAUCCCCAACACGUGGCAGUACGCCUCGUACGACGAUCAGGCGCUCCCCUCGCCGCGCUCGUUCAACAACAGCUUUGCCGCCGCCGGUCGAUCCCGAACGGCCAUGCCUUCGACGCCGAGCUCCGGCACGUUCCGCGGCUUCUUCCACCCCUGGGCAUUCGAACAUGGCGACUCGAUGCUCAUCUCGCCCGUCCACGCUUCCUUCCAAGAUGGCAGGCGGCGCAGCUCUUUUGCACGCUCCGGGUCCGUGAGUCGACGACCAGGUUCGUUUGCCAUGGAGGCUCCUCUGGGAGAUCGGGCCGAGACGAACCUGUCGACGUCGGACGCGCAGCUGUUUGACGAGGCGGCGCGCGCGGCGGCCAUCAGCCUCGAGUCGCAGGCGGUGGCGGACGACUACGAUGCGCACGCCUUUGCCUUUGACCCUGCGUUGGAGAGUGAGAGUUGUGAACCGAUGCGGUCGCACUAUCCGCCGCAUCCGCCACCGCCCGCCCUCGACUCGCCACGUCAAGCCGACAGUCCACGCACCUCGUUUUCAGGGAGCACGCUCGCCGCUGCCGCACGCGACUGGACGAGCAUUCGUCGUCGUCGCAGCCGGCUCUCCACCCACGAGAUCCCUCCUCCAUCGGACAACGCACCCGUCACCUGUGGCGACCCCACACCGGUGCAAGGGGGACCCAAGUACUCGUCGCUGCAAGAAUCCGUCGAACGAGCCGUCUCGCUUGCGCUGGGCAAGGACGGAGCCGCCGCCGGCGCAGACCGUGGCCAGAUCGUCCAGCAGAUCCUCUCCUCGCUCAACGCCGAACUCGCCCUCCCCCAGCAGAACGAUCCGCUGCCCAACCGCCCCCGCGAACGCCGCAGCAAUUCUUUCAGGAGCUCUCAGUACUAUCCAGCCAGCACAGGCGCCGAGUGCAGACAUAGCAAACCGUUGCCUUCUCCUCUUCAGCUCGUCAUGUCCAACCACGAGAUGAACGGCGAAACCUACUCUCACUACUACAUAUUCUUCAAGAUGGUUCGCGGCCCCAAGCACCACCUUAAGCGCCUGACCGCUCCCUCCUCGUGGAUGCUGGACAAGCUGUCCGGUACCUACGCCCCCCGUCCCUCCAACGGUCCCCACAAGCUCCGUGAGGCCCUUCCCCUGGUCAUCCUCCUCCGCAACCGAUUGAAGUACGCCCUCACCGGUCGCGAGGUCAACGCCAUCACCGCCCAGCGUCUCAUCAAGAUCGACGGCAAGGUCCGCACCGACCCCACCUACCCCACCGGUUUCCAGGACGUCAUCUCCAUCGAGAAGUCCGGCGAGCACUUCCGCAUCCUCUACGAUGUCAAGGGUCGUUUCAUCGUCCACCGCAUCACUGCUGAGGAGGCCACCUACAAGCUCCUCAAGGUCAAGAAGGUGCAGCUCGGCGCUCGUGGUGUUCCCCACAUCGUCACCCACGACGGCCGCACCAUCCGAUACCCCGACCCGGCCAUCAAGGUCAACGACACUGUCCGCUUCGACAUUGACUCGCAGAAGAUUCUCGACUUCGUCGAGUUCGACACUGGCGCCACCGUCAUGGUCACUGGUGGUCGUAACCAGGGCCGUGCCGGUGUCAUUACCGGCAAGGAGCGCCACCUCGGCGGCUUCGACAUUGUCCACAUCCGCGACGUCCUCGGCCGCGACUUCUCCACCCGUCUCGGCAACGUUUUCGUCAUCGGCACCGACGGCAAGCCCAUGAUCUCGAUGCCCCGUGGCGGCGGUGUUGCGCUCACCAUCACUGAGGAGCGUGACCAGCGCCGACGCCAGAAGGAGGCCCGCGGCCAGUAA